UAAAGGGGUCCUUCGCUUGGGUCCUUGGUAAACGUGGGAGACGCGAAAAUGUGAAGUUGUUUUGAACAUAGACGACCCGUCGUGGAGUUUGUGACACUAAGAUAUGAAAGUUCUCCGUUUUCAGAAUAAAACGUAACGGCUGCCUGGGUAUCGGUGGGAUUUUUCUUACUAUGAUGCCAGGGGAGAAUCAGUCCAAAGCGUUGGCAAUCGCCGCGGACGCGACGACUGGAAACUGUCAAAACUGCUCUGUUUUGCAGCAGACUCUGGCUGAAUAUGUGUCUUCAUUCCUGGCACUAAAACAGAAGAUAGCGGUUUCAGAUGACACAAUCAGGCUUCAGCAGCAGCUGGAAGAGCUUCAGAUCCGACUGGUUACUCUGGAGAAAAAGACGGCUGAUUAUGAAUCGGUGCAAGCAGAACUGGAAGAAAAGAAGAGUGCACUUAAGAUGUAUGAACAACUAUCUGAAGAGGUGGAAAAACUGAAGGUGGAAAAAAGCAAGACAAUAGCAGAGAACAAAAAGCUUGAAGACCAGCUAAAAAAUGUUAAAGAUUUGGCAGACAAACAAACACUUGAAAAUGCACAGCUGAAAAGAGAAAAGGCUGUGGUGGAAAACGAUUUGCUGAUAUCUCAGACAUCCUUGCAGAAAUCUCAGGCACAAGCAGAGCAAGCUGAAAAACUCAUGGAUGAAAACGCCAAGAUGACAAGCACAAAGGACCACCUUGAAAGUAAAAUCAGAAUUCUUGAAGAUUCAGUUUGCCAACAGAAGCAUCAAAUUUCCCAACUGACCAAAGAGAAGACCAUACUAGAGAAAAAUAUCAACGAUCUACAGGUGAGACUGAUGAAACUGGAAAGGGAAAGGAACAAAGAAUACAGGAGCACAACAACUCAAGCAAGUGCACCUGCAGAGCCUAAAAUUGACAAAGAAAAGUUCCGGAUGUUGCUAGAGAACUUGUGGGCAUGUGUAGACCCAGAGCAGGAGGAGUCUGUAAACCAGCUGCACUUUCCCGAGUCCAGAGUUCCUCCUUCCUCUCCACAAGCCACACUGCACUCUCGUGAUGCCAUCAAGCACAAAGCAUCUCUUCAGUGCUCUGGUGAAAGAAAGCAGGCAGGCACUCCAAAAAAGAGCAAGCGAUCACCUAAGGCACGCAAAACUGCUGAGUCAAGUACGGAGAUGGACACAUUAUCUCUUGAAGAGAUAAUCAGAUUGUUUAAGCCCAUGCCUCCCAGUAUUUCACCACUUCCAGAUUUGGACACUGAGGUGGAAUCCAUGAAAAUGGAGGUUCGAGAAAAUGAAAGUCAUUCUAAACCCUGUGAGGACCGCCCUGCUCUUAAACAAGAGCAGACCUUAGACGUCGCAACAUCACCAUCAAGCCAAAGGAGUCCAAAAUCGGCUGCACUUCAAACGGAGGGGAAUGCAGACUUUUCGGUAGUCACAGAUGAGGGAGAGGGGGAAAUUUCCAAUGAAAAGGACUUUGAACAAACCAAGUUUGGCGGCAUUCCUAAAGUUAUUGACAAAAUCGCUACAGAUAUGAGAGGAAUACAUCCUCAAAACGACAUGCUGAUUGAACAGGAGCCAUCAUCUGCACAGCUAUCACCACCAUCAUCCUCGUUUUCCACAUCAAGCUUUACGGGAUUGAUUGAGGCUGUGCCAUUACCCACUGAAAGUACACUUCUAUCCUGUAAUCCUGGCAUCAGUAGAAUCUCUGAAAAUGAAAAUGCCUUAGAAGAUGCAAAUAGUGAUCUCUCAGAGACUGUAACAAGCAUGGAUGUUGACAUGAGCCCUAGUGACAUUACUGAUAACAAAACAGUUGCUCCUGAUGGUGGAGAGUCAGCCCUAAUAGGUGACUCUAUGGAAGGCAUCGUGGUUGCAGCUACACAAAAUAGUUCAGACAUUGAAAAAAAUACUCUGGAUUCUUUUAAACUUCAGGACAGUACACGGUCUGGCUGCAAGGACUCUGAUAUACCUGAACAUACUCCAAGUUCAUCAGGCAGCAGUGACAGCAUCACUGCUGUCUCUAAUGAACAUCUUGAAGAGAAACUGGAAGUUGAUGAAAGCAUCAAACUUCUUGGGAAGGAGGAUGGGAAUGCACAGGGGACUGUAGCAGCUUGUCCUGCAUCAUCAACCUGUAAUAAUAUACCUCCACCCCCUUCAUCUCCGUUGUUAAAGAAGGAAGACGACCAGUCCGGUGCUGAUCAGGAAUCUGGCCAAGCAAAUGUUGAACCUCUUAGAAAAAAGGAUGCUGACAUAGACAUAGUGACCAACUUCCAAGAAACAAAUACUGUAAACUGUGAAUCUCUGAAAGAAAGUGCACAUUCUCUUUGCAAGCAAGUGAGUCCUUCCUGCCUUUUACCCUCUAUAAAGCUGCAGGCUUUGGAUAGUCAUCCAGGAAAAUUGAACGUUGAUGUUAACAUAGACCACGUCUCAACAAACAAACCAAUUCCUUUUCCAAAUUUAGAGAAAGAAUGUGACAUUGAAAAAGCUACUGUUGAAGAUCUUCCUCAGCACAAAAUACACACCAGUAGUAGUACGUCAUUGGAGACGAUGCCUGAUUCCCCAGAGACAAAUACUGUAAACUGUAAAGCUGCAAAAGAAGACAGACAUCCUCCUUGCAGCCAGUUGAGUCCCUCAUGUCUUUUGCCCACUGUAAAGCUGGUAUCUUUGGACACUCAGCCAAACCCAGGAAUAUUGGAUGCUGAUGUUCAGACAGAAAUUAUUUCAACAAACAUACAGUCGCCUUCUUUCAGUUUAGAGGAACAAGGUGUCACCAAAAGUGCUACUAAUGAAGACCAGGCUCAGGAUAAAAUGAAGGGAGGUGAUACUACUCCAUUAAUUCAGAAUCCUGCUGCAGAAGGACAAGAUAAAUCUUUGGAUUUGCAAAUGGUAGAGCCUGAAAAUCUAGUAAGAGAGGAAAAAACUACCUCAGGAGAAAGUUCAGCUGAAGCUCAGGCUCCAGAGUGCAUAAGCAAUGUUCGUGGCGAAAUGGGUCCUCCACUUCCUCGUCUCCUUACCCCUUUGAAGACUCCUCCAAAGGUCAGCAGAUCUAUCAACCCAAGGCAGGCUAUUGGGAAACUCUUAUUUCCUUCACCCAUGGAUGGAAUUGAAUCUCCUACUUCACCUACUCAGACCAACAGAACACCGAACCGUCAUCAGCUGAGUUCUUUAUCCACAAACAGCCCACUCCCUCUAAAUGGAGUCCCCUCAUCACCACUUCAGUUCGGCUCUGCCACGCCUAAACAUGCUGUGCCAGUCCCUGGUCGCCUACCUUUGACAGCAAUGAGUUCUCCUUCAUCAUCCUCAGCGACGCCAUCUCAGGAAAAUUCCAUGAGAUUUCUCGACACCAUGUAUCCAGAGCUCUCUGCCCGGGCUCGUACUCUGAGCAUUCUUCGAGGCAAUGUCAAUCUCAACAUUUGCUCAUCCGAGAGCGGAACAUUACCGACAACCGACAGUCAGAAGUCUAGCUUUAAAACUAUAAACUCCACUUCAACGGCCUUCACAAAGACUGAAGUGAGGGGAGAAAAAAGGCCUGCCAUCGGUAUGCCGCAGCCUAAAAGCAGUAAAUGUCUCAGGCUUGACCAGGCUGCUGGUGUGACUCACAAUCAGGUGCUUGCGUCCUCUUCAAAAAGUGGAGACGACACCUCAUCAGCCCAGAAUCUGACACUAGAACAGCUGAAAACUGAGACAAUCUCUUCAUCCCUGAAAUCUGUAGAACAUCCACAGAAAAAUCUUAUAGUUAACUCUUUAAGGAAAAUUGAAGACCAGUGCUUUGAUCUGCUGCCUGUGAUCCGGAGCCAUCUGCAUGUUGGUAACCUUCCCAAAAAGCCCAUCUUAAGAGAUGAGGAGAAGGAGGUCAUCGCUGAGGUUUGCCAGAGCAGCUCAGCAGAUGACAUGACUGUGGCCAUCCUGAACAAACUGAAAGCUGGGAAAAUGGACCUGAGUGGAAACCACGUGCAGGCCCUCUGCAGAGUCUACACUGGGAUCUGUAGGAAGAGGAGAGACGUGGAAAAGGCUCGUGUCCUGGCCUACAGCCUCCUAAUAGAAGAUUUUCCAGAUUCUGCGAAGCUGAUUUUAUUUAUGGUGACAACAUGGCCCAACCUUCUCACACACACCAGUUCUCUGUCCCAAGCCAUUCAUGCCGUCACCAAACUAAGAGCACCAGAAGAGCUUCUCAGCUGCCUUUUAGCAUUUCUUGGUUGGAACAAGACUCCUCCCUGUGACAUUGACGAGCUGAUCUCCAGAACUCUGUCUGAGAUCAGAUCGGGAUCAAAUUUGUCCUUCACAAAACACAGUCGGUACGGGGAGGACCUUGGAGCCGAGGCUUGGGAACACGUCUAUGCACUGCACCUUCUUUGUACAAACAAGAAGUGGAAGUGGACCUAUGAUAAUUUACUAGGCAAGGAGUUGUGGCCACUGAUGAACAGUUGGGUAACAAGACAGCAACAACAGCCCAUCUCUGAUGUGGCUGUCGCUACUGUGCUCCGACUCAUAGGAUGCCUUGGUCAGCUGGGGCUGAAGGAGAAGUGUAUUUCUACUGUGGUCACUAUUGCCAAUGUCAUCAAUACAUUUGGUAGGCAUGGACCAGCUGAAGGUGUGCCAUGGGAGGUGCAAUUAGCAGCCGUCUACUGCAUCUAUGACCUGUCUCCGUGCAACCCCAAACAAGCCCUGGAAGCCCUUGCAGAAUGGAGAGGAGAAACAUCUCAAAGUGUCCCUCCUGCUGUCACUAGCUGCAUUAACCAACUAGCCUCUAUUUGUAGACAGGCCAACAGCUGAAGUGCACAAAUCCACAGACAUGACAGUCUGUCCCCUUUUUUUGGAAACGGAUGCAUAAAUUGGCGCUGAUUUAAACUUACUGGGUGACUCACAAGCAGUUAGAAAUUGGUGGUUCUAAAAUUUUAAAACGUCCAGCAGACUGUUUUUUUUGUUUUAAUUUUUUUAUGUGCACUUCUACUCUAAAAUUAUAUAAAAAUGUUUAUAUUUCUGAAUUUUGUAGCAGUUUUUGUUUUUUAAAUUGAAACUUUGCCUGUAGCAAAUGUACUGGUAUAACUUCUGUUAUACUCGGGUUAAUGCUGUAAAGUCUGUACAGUGUGCAUAUGUGUGUUGUUGCUAUGUAUGUUUCUCUGCUGAAGUUUACAGUUGUAGCAUCAAUGUCUGUAUUCAUGAAAAAUAGGAUUGCCAAAGUAAAUAUGUUGUACAGUUAAAAGCUUGAGAGAUUAUUUAAUUGUUUUGGGGGGCGGUUUUCAAAUUAAAAUGUCCGAAUUUUGACCCAA